UGGGCGGGGCCGGGGCUGCGGGCGGGCGCGGGGCUCGCUCGCCGCGUGUUGUGUGCCCCAUGGAGAUGCCCGCGCGGGAGGCGCGCCCCGAGGACGGCGCGGGCCGGGCUGCCCCCGGCAGAGAGGACCUGAGCAGCAGGAUUAAAGAGCAAAAGAUUGUCGUGGAUGAACUUUCUAACCUGAAGAAGAACAGGAAAGUUUAUAGGCAGCAACAGAACAGCAACAUAUUCUUUCUUGCCGACCGAACAGAAUUGCUUUCUGAAAGCAAAAAUGUAUUGGAUGAGCUGAAAAAAGAAUACCAAGAAAUAGAAAACUCAGAGAAGACCAAAACCAAGAAAUAGUCCACCUGAUUUCACGUAACCAUGUGUGGCAUUUGUUGUUCUGUCAGCUUUUCUAUUGAACAUUUCAG